AUGGCACUUCUUGACAGCCUGCCGAACGUCGGCAUUCUCGCAAUAUCUGCAGUAGUUCUGUACUUUGCAACACAUGCCAUCUACAACCUCUACUUCCAUCCGCUCUCACAGCACCCAGGACCUUUCCUCAAUGCAAUCUCUCCCCUGCCUCGCCUCUGGCUGAACAUCAACGGCCGCGAACCUCAGACGGUCCUCAAGUGGCACCUCAAAUAUGGCCCUAUCGUUCGCAUGGCACCCAACGAGCUCUCAUUCAUCACUCCGGCCUGGAAGNAAAUCUACGGCUUCAAGAAGCCAGAACUGACCAAGGAUUGGACCAUGUAUGCGUUAUCCGAGAACACAAAGAGAUCCAUUCUUUUGUCGGGUGCCGACCACGGAAGACAGAGAAAGAUGCUGGCACCAGCAUUUAGUGAAAGAGCUUUGAAGUUGCAGCAGAGAAAACAACAUGCUAAUCACCCAACAGCUNUCGACACCAUUGCCGACCUGAUGUUUGGCAAACCUCUCGGUCUCUGCAAAGACAUGGAGUACUCGGACUGGCUCUCACAACUUUUCGUCUCCAUUUGGCUCGUUGGUUCCUCUCGCGCUCUUCAAUACUUCCCUAUCCUCUUCCGCCUCGCAACCAUGAUGAUCCCGAAACAUAUCCAGGACUCAGUCGACGCUUCCUACCAAAACACCGUCGACAAGGUGAACAAGCGUCUCGAGAUGAAGACCGAGAGACCCGACAUGUUGGGACUUAUGCUCAAGCACAAGGAAGAGGGCGCCGAGAUGACAAUGGACGAGUUGUAUGCGAAUGCCGAUUUGUUGAUGAUUGCUGGUACGGAGACCACAGCGACGAGUUUGUGUGGAUUGACGUGGCAUUUGUUGAACAACAAGCCUGUUCUUGAGCGCUUGACCAAGGAGAUCAGGGAGGCUUUCACCAGUAUCGACGACAUCACCAUGGAGUCAUUGCCGAGAUUACCUGUAAGUAACGUCGAAGCCAAGCUACGAGGGAAACAAGCUAAUCAGAACCUAGNNUACCUGUCUGCCUGCCUGGAAGAAGGCAUGAGAAUGUUCCCUGCCGUCCCCGAAGGUCUUCGUCGCAUCACCCCUGCCACAGGCGCAACCAUCAGCGGCCACUUAAUCCCAGCAAACGUACGUUGCCUUCCCUUUACCCCCACUUCACAACUCCCUACUAACCAUUCCCAUGCACACAGGNUCAAAGUCAGCAUCCCCCACUACGCAGCCUACCACCACCCCACCAACUUCUCCUCCCCCGAAACCUUUGCCCCCGAACGCUGGCUCCCCUCUUCCCAUUCCCUCUACACCACCGCCUACGCCUCCGACAAGAAAGAAGUAUAUCAGCCUUUCUCUGUGGGACCAAGAAACUGCAUCGGUCUAACACUGGCAUAUCAUGAGAUGAGAUUGAUCAUGGCGAAUUUGCUGUGGCAUUUUGAUGUACAGCUUGCAAAGGAGGCGAGAAUGGAUUGGUUGGAUCAGACUACGCAUUUGGUGUGGGACAAGAAGCCUUUGCCUGUGAGGAUUUUGCCCAGAGGUGAGAUCCUGGGGUAG